GGAAAGUUUGCAUUGCAAUCCCCCUGCCUUCCUCUCCUUUCUCCCGAUCAAUGCAUAUUUGCAAAAGGAUUAAGCCACAGAUUUAAGCGCCGGGAGCCCAUUUCUGCCUUGCAAAGGAGACCGGACUGAAAAACCAAAAGCCAGCUCUGAUUUCUUUUCGUCAAGUGGGAAGGUGGUUUAUUUUUCUUGCUUUUUGGAGUCAACACCCUUCCCCACCAGCCCUUAUCCCCACCCUCACCCCGCAACCCCUUCACGCCCCCCUCCCCCUCCCCACUCCCCAUCCUCCCACCAGCCUCUAAAAGAGGCAAAGGGAUUUUUUUUUUCUUUUGGUCUUCUUUUUUUCCCCCUUCCCUGUUUAUCCUGAAAAGGAUCUGAAGCCAGCUUGAAGGAUAAAAAGCCUUGGUGCUGCCCAGGAGCCGAGCCGAGGAGCAGAAGAGGAAGAGCCAGGGGCUGCCGUUGCCUUUGGAGAUGGACGAGCAGCCCAGGCUGAUGCAUUCCCAUGCUGGGGUCGGGAUGGCCGGACACCCCGGCCUGUCCCAGCACUUGCAGGACGGGGCCGGAGGGACCGAGGGGGAGGGCGGGAGGAAGCAGGACAUUGGAGACAUUUUACAGCAAAUUAUGACCAUCACAGACCAGAGUUUGGAUGAGGCGCAGGCCAGAAAACAUGCUUUAAACUGCCACAGAAUGAAGCCUGCCUUGUUUAAUGUGUUGUGUGAAAUCAAAGAAAAAACAGUCUUGAGUAUCCGGGGAGCCCAGGAGGAGGAGCCGACAGACCCCCAGCUGAUGCGACUGGACAACAUGCUGCUGGCGGAGGGGGUGGCAGGCCCCGAGAAGGGCGGUGGCUCGGCGGCGGCGGCGGCGGCGGCAGCGGCUUCGGGGGGCGCGGGCUCGGACAACUCAGUGGAGCACUCCGACUACAGAGCCAAGCUGUCCCAGAUCAGACAGAUCUACCACACGGAGCUGGAGAAGUACGAGCAGGCGUGCAACGAGUUUACCACCCACGUGAUGAACCUCCUGCGGGAGCAGAGCCGGACCAGGCCCAUCUCCCCGAAGGAGAUCGAGCGGAUGGUCAGCAUCAUUCACCGCAAGUUCAGCUCCAUCCAGAUGCAGCUCAAACAGAGCACGUGUGAGGCCGUCAUGAUCCUGCGCUCCCGGUUUCUGGACGCGCGGCGGAAGAGACGGAAUUUCAACAAGCAAGCGACGGAAAUCCUGAAUGAAUAUUUCUAUUCCCAUCUCAGCAACCCUUACCCCAGUGAGGAAGCCAAAGAGGAGUUAGCCAAGAAGUGUGGCAUCACAGUGUCCCAGGUGUCAAACUGGUUUGGAAAUAAACGAAUCCGGUACAAGAAGAACAUAGGUAAAUUUCAAGAGGAAGCCAAUAUUUAUGCCGCCAAAACGGCUGUCACUGCUACCAAUGUGUCAGCCCAUGGAAGCCAAGCUAACUCACCCUCGACUCCUAACUCAGCUGGUUCUUCCAGUUCUUUUAACAUGUCAAACUCUGGAGAUUUGUUCAUGGGCGUGCAGUCACUCAAUGGGGACUCUUACCAAGGGGCCCAGGUUGGAGCCAACGUGCAGUCACAGGUGGAUACCCUUCGCCAUGUUAUCAGCCAGACAGGAGGAUACAGUGACGGACUCGCAGCCAGUCAGAUGUACAGUCCGCAGGGCAUCAGUGCUAAUGGAGGUUGGCAGGAUGCUACUACCCCUUCAUCAGUGACCUCCCCUACAGAAGGCCCUGGCAGUGUUCACUCUGAUACCUCCAACUGAUCUCCCAGCAAUCGCAUCCCGGCUGACCCUGUGCCCCAGUCGGGACAGGGCCAGGAGGGAGGGUUUCUCUCCCGACGCUGAAGCGGUCAGACUGGAGGUCGAAGCAAUCAGCAAACACAAUAAGAGUCUCCUUCUCUUCUCUUCUUUGGGAUGCUAUUUCAGCCAAUCUGGACACUUCUUUAUACUCUCUUCCCUUUUUUUUCUGGGUAGAAGCCACCCUCCCUGCCUCCAGCUGUCAGCCUGGUGUCCGCCAUCUUUCCUGUCCCCUCCCUCCUCUGUCCUAGACUCCCUGGGUCCCUGCCCUCUAUGACAUCACGGAAGGAUAUUUUCAACAAUUAGAGGAAUUUAAAGAGGAAAGAAAAUAAUAAAUGUGUUUGUAUGUUUUCAUGCU